AUGGCUGAAGCACUAGGAGUUGCGAGCUCAAUUAUAGCUGUCGUUGGAGCCUCCAUUAAAACGACGGAAACUAUUCUUGGACUGAUCUCGCUGUAUCGCGACGCACCAGUUGAAGUUUCAUUUCUCAAAAAUGAUGUUGCUGAUACGCAGAUAAUCCUUUCUAAUGUAAAAGAAAAUAUCUCAUCCAUUAGGCAUGUUGAACACCGUCUAGGACUCACAGACUCGGACGCAGUUUGGUGCAAUCUUCAGAAUAACGAUAAGGCUGGCUUCCUUCUCAAAAGGCUCGAAUUGAGCUUGAUCGAGAUUGAAGAGACUCUGAGGAUGAUAGAGUCCAAGUUCAAAGAUAAUACAAUCAUCGAUCGCGCGACUUGGAUGAUGCAUCGUAACAAAAUCAAGACGUUACGAGCGAAUUUGCGAGAGCAGAAAGACAAUAUAAUCCUCUACUUCUCGGGAAGUGCAAGUACGCAAGCUAGCCGGAAUUUUGUUCUACUCACCAAGGUUCUAUGUGAGAACAGUCAGAACAUACAUCAAGAGGGACAAAGACACAACCAUCUCGAUGCGUUAUUACAAAACAUGUCUCGAUCGCUCGCAGCGUUGAGCACUAUUCCAGAACGCCAGACUCAGCUCAUCGCCUUGCUGGAAAACCUUGCACCAUCUGUUGUAACCCUUGAGCAGAGGACUACCGACACUACAAGUUCGCAAACAAUAAAGAAUAAAUCCAAUAUGGGAAAACCGGAUGAGACGCCUACUGCUGGAGCUGCCCGCUCAUUACCUCAGCUUUCUCCAGUUCCAAAUACAUCGUCCAUACAAAUAUCCACCGAGUCAAUUUCAACGCUCAAGUUAGAAUUUUCAAGAUUCCAGAAACGCGGCUGCGUUCUGGGAUGCGAAUGUCAUUGCCACCAAAGACGGCGCUACCGCUCACCGUCCUUUGCGCAAAAGAUUUUAGGCGAAGCAUUUGUUGCUUUUUCCAGCAUACCCUUACUAUCGAGGCCUUGCCACAAUGGUUGCAUGCAUAAAUCUCGAUUUUCAUUCAACUUCACGUACCAUCUUCCCACCGCCUUUCUUAACAAAAUGGUCUCUCUGGUCUAUAUGACUACGACACAGGGAGACCCGGCCGUAUGCAUCAAGGUUCGACCCCUUAGCACUGACUUCUCGAUCUACAGGGCAAUCGAGAAAUGCGAUGUUGGUGGGAUACAUAAGAUGCUUGAAGGACGCUUGGUUCACCCUAGUGCAUCAUUCAAAGGGGGCUGGACGCCACUCCAUUACGCAAUCAGCUAUGGCUAUACCAACAUCAUAAAAUCUCUUUUAGCCGUUGGAGCUGAUCCGCUUAUAGAGGAUGGCAGAAAUCAACUCUCUUCAUUAGAAUGGGCCUGGGCCAAAAUCUUGGGCGGUGUCUAUGACCAGGAAACGCAAGUGGAGAUGGAACAAUUGUUCAACGAUAGAGAUUGCCUAGAGGAGAUGCGAUUUCCACCUCUACAUCGCCUCGUUCUGGGGCUUGAUAAAUCGUCAUUAGAGGAGCAUCUUGUUAAUAGUAGAGGUCAAGUGGACUCAGUUGAUGGAUCAGGUCGAACCGCUCUCUCUUGGGCAGCUCAACGGGGCAUGACUUACGCUGUCACUACCCUGCUUCGAUAUGGAGCUAAUCCGAAUAUCAACACGCCAAAUGGCCACAGCCCUCUUAUGUUUGCUUCAGAGGCGCGCAACCCAGACAGCAUUCGUCCGCUUCUCGGUGCCGGUGCGAACGUAGCACAAUAUGAUGUCGAAGGCCAAACAGCUUUACAUUACGCGGCAGGGCACUGGGAUGAUUUAGCCUAUUAUGAACCACUGGUAGAAUAUGGCUCCGACGUCAACUGGCCCACAAUCCCACGCCUGACUCCGCUGACUACAGUUAUUAUCGAGGGUCACAACAAAGCAAUGAAGUAUCUCGUUGCCAAUGGCGCGGAUGUCAAUAUGAAAGGCCAUGAUGGUCGCUCACCAGGCUUCUACGCAGUUGAGUACAACAAUCAUGCGGCAAUCCAGUUUCUGCAAGACAGCGGAGUGGAUUUCAGAGGCUAUAGUGAGGCCUAUCCCAGCGUAUUGCAUGUGGCGGCCUACCAUGCUGACGUUGAAACGAUAAAGAUGCUUACCUCUUAUUAUCUAGUCCUGGAAGAUGUUGAAUGUAUUGAUAGCAAAGGUCUUACAGUUCUACAAAUUGUAGAAGAAAGGGUUAAACGACGGAAUGUUGAGGCUGGCUUUACACAAGCAUUUGAGUUAUUGCUGCAGAGCGUGGUGAGCGAGGAGGUAAAGGGAUUAGAGUCGAGACCAGAGAGUGAGAUAUUUUAUGAUGCUGUAGAAUAUUUAUAA